CAACACACACACUCAUUCGCCCCAAAUCCAAUCCUAUCCCUCUUUCGCCCACUCCUCUCUCUCUCUCUCUCCCUCUCUCUCUCUGGGAGAGUGAGAGCGAGGAGGAUAAAAAAAUAAAAAUUCUAUCAAUAUAUUGUCUCCCUAUACGAGAUCAAAUAAGUAAACCUGUUUAGGAGCAAUAUUUACCUCUUUGCCAUUGAAUGGAAAUGGACCAUUUGAUGAGUGUGAUGGAUCUUCCACCAGGGUCCACGGUGUAUCAAAAGAAAUUAGUCGAAGAAAUGGAAGAACUCGGAAAAUUAAGGACGGAUUUGAUGAUAGCGAAAUGCCAAAUUAAGAAUGAAGUGAUCAUGUGUCCUAUACCAAGGAAACUUACCAGGUCGCGUAGAGAGCAUAAUGAAUUAAAGGCUAUAACAGAUCUUUCCGACAGCAUUGCAAGCAUGGCUUCACCACCAUACUAUGCUGGAUCCCCUCCGAUUCGCGAAAGCAAUCCUCUUAUUCGCGAUUCACUAUUCAGAGAGCAAAUGGUGUAAAAGGCCUUACAAGUAUCAUCUCUUGAUACCCAAUUCUACCAAUUUUGACGACUUAAGGAGCGUCUUUUUUGUUCCGAAAUAAUCACCUUCAUUUCUCUGAUUUUAUCGGCAAAUUGUUGCGUAGUUUAUCUGUUCUAGAGAGCUCUUUAGCUUGGUUUUUGUUGCUUUUAAUCGUCUUCGCAUCGUGUACAUAUCUUCAUGGCAAGUUUUUAAAGACAAACUGUGAGUCGGUUUUCAUGAAUAAAUGUCUCCAGAGUCACUCUCAUGAAUUUA